CGUCUCUCUUGGCCUCCGUGCGGGAGCAGGAGAUGCAAUUUGAACGUCUGACUCGAGCUCUGGAGGAGGAGAGGAGGAGCGUGGGGCCCUCCGGUACCCUCCCUCGCCCCCUCCCCACCCUGCAGAACGGGCGCAUCUCCUGUGAUGCGGACAUAGAGAGACUCAAACUGAGUGAGGGAUACAUCAACGGGACACAGUACAGGAUGUUGGACCCGGGUCACGUAGUUGAAGAGACUGUCACUGUUGAGGAAGAUCCACAGGAGGCUCUCCCAGUCAUCUCCGUGGAAACGAGCGAUGAUGGAACCACACGCCGCACUGAAACCACAGUUAAAAAGGUUACCAAGACAACCACUACACGCACAGUCAUCCCCUCAGUAUCGGACACUAUGUCCCUGGACGGCACCGGUUCCGUGACGGGCAUGAGCGGAUUCGGACCCGCGUACCGUCAGACCCCAGCCCCCAUGGAUUACCCCACCGCCACCGUGCCGCGUAAUUACCACUACGGACCAACAGGAGGCUACGACGACUACCGCUCUGGCCCCACCUCUGAGACCUACGCCAGCCUCAACCGAGGAGCUCACAUGGAUAACCGCUACAGGCCCGUGGACGGUUAUCGGACCCUGGACCCGGGCUACCGCAGUCACAGCAGACCCCAGUUGGACCCGUACGCGGCCCAGCCUCAGGUGGGUCGGAUGGGCAGCGCCAUGGACCUGCAGCGCUUCGUCCCGGAGCCGUACGGCCUGGAGGACGACCAGCGCAGCAUGGGAUACGACGACCCCGACUACGGAAUGGGCCCGCCCGUUCACUACAGCACCAUGCCCCGCCUGGCCCACGGCCACCACCCGCCCCCGCCACGCAGAGCAGGGAGUUAUGAAGGAACUCUAGACGGAGACAUGAGUGGAGGGGGUGACCUGUAUUACUGGGGGGGCGGAGCUCCGUUGGCGCAGGGCGAGAGAGGCAGCAUGGCGUCUCUGGACAGCACCCUCCGCAAAGGACCCAUGCCCACCACGUGGAGACAGCCAGAACUGCCUGAAGUCAUCGCCAUGCUCAACUACCGCCUAGACCCAGUCAAGAGUAACGCUGCUGCUUUCCUCCAGCAUCUCACCUUUAAGAACGACAAGGUGAAAUCGGAGGUGAGGCGUCUGAAGGGAAUCCCAGCACUGGUCUCCAUGCUGGACAACCCCAAGAAGGAGGUUCACCACGCGGCGUGCGGAGCCCUGAAGAACAUCUCGUACGGCCGCGACCCCGACAACAAGAUCGCCAUCAAGAACUGUGACGGCGUGCCAGCCCUCGUCAGACUGCUGAGAAAGACCAGAGACCAGGACCUCACAGACACCAUCACAGGCACUCUGUGGAACCUGUCGUCUCAUGACUCGGUGAAGAUGGAGAUCGUGGACCACGCGCUCCACGCGCUGGCCGACGAGGUGCUGGUGCCCCACUCGGGCUGGGAGAAAGGGAGCGACGGAGGAGAGGAGAGCUGCAAACCCCGUCACCUGGAGUGGGAAACCGCCCUCACCAACACCGCCGGCUGCCUGAGGAAUGUGAGUUCAGAGCGCAGCGAGGCAAGGAGGAAGCUGAGGGAAUGCACCGGAUUGGUCGACUCUAUCAUGUACAUCGUCCAAUCACAGAUAAACUGCAAAGACGUGGACAACAAGCUGAUAGAGAACAGCGUGUGUCUUUUGAGAAAUCUGUCCUAUCAGGUGCACAAGGAAGUCCCAGGCUGCGAGCGAUUCAUCGACAACACGCCUGUCAACCAAGGCCCCUCCCCUGCCUCACAGAAGACCGGCUGCUUCAGCUCCCGCAAAGGCAAAGACGAGUGGUUUUCCAAAGGGAGGAAAGAGGAGGAUGGGACAGGCGACGUGAUCGACAUUCCGAAGAGGACCACUCCCGCCAAAGGUUAUGAGCUGUUGUAUCAGCCGGAGGUGGUGCGUUUGUACACCUCUCUGCUGAAGGAGAGUAAAAACUCCUCUGUGCUGGAGGCUGUAGCCGGCGCAGUGCAGAACCUGAGUGCGGGACGCUGGACAUAUGGGCGUUAUAUCCGGUCGUUGAUCAGACAGGAGAAGGGUCUGCCCAUGAUGACUGAGCUGUUGGCUCAUGGUAAUGACCGUGUGGUCAGAGCGAUGUGUGGAGCCCUCAGGAACCUGGCCAUCGACGCCCGCAACAGAGAGCUGCUCGGUCAGCAUGCCGUGCCUAACUUGGUGGCGAACCUGCCUGGCGGAGGGCAGAGCCAGCCCGUGCGUGCCCUGUCAGAGGAGACGGUGGUGUCUGUGCUCAGCACGCUGGCCGAGGUGCUGGGCUCCAGCGUGGAGGCAGCCAAGACUCUCCGCAGCUCCCAGGGCGUGGAGAGACUGGUGCUCAUUAACAAGGACAGUAAUCGUUCGGAGAGGGAGGUGCGGGGAGCAGGCCUGGUGCUACAGAUCGUGUGGGGCUUUAAGGAGCUCAGACGCACGCUAGAGAAGGACGGCUGGAAGAAGUCGGACUUCAUGGUCAACCUAAACCCACCCAACAACACCCGCAGCAACGGAGGCUAUGAAGACAGCACUCUGCCCCUCAUCGACAAGGGAGGUAAGCCGGACCGGGACAGAGACAUGAUUCCAUUGAAUGAUAUGGGACCAGACGCUUAUUCUACACUGGACCAGAGAGGAAGGAGAAACACAAUGGACGACACCCUAGAGUCUGCUGAUAAAGACGGAGCACAGCGGGAGAUGUAUGGGGAGAGGCGGGGCUCCUUGCCCUUGUUGGACUCUUACGACGGUUAGACCACUCCCCCU